UGGGUCACUGCUUCUGCUAAUGCUGCAGAGUCCACUGCCUAUAAAAAGGCACAGUUGUUGAGUCAAAAGCUGUCACACACACUGGGGAGCAGUCUGUGACAGACACCUUUGCAACACCUGUGUAAAAGCCUAAGGAGAAAAAAGAUGAAACUUGUCUUCCAAGCCACGAUUGGGCUGCUGGCACUGUGUCUCACGACUUGUUCUGUAAGAUGGUGCACAAUAUCUGACCCGGAGCAAACAAAAUGUGUGGCACUGCAAACAUGCUUGCAAGGAGACACAAAACUGACUUGUGUCAGGAAGAGUGGUUAUCGUGACUGCAUACAAGCAAUCGCAAACUCUGAAGCAGAUGCUAUCACCCUAGAUGGUGGCCUUGUUUAUGAAGCAGGCUUGGCUCCCUAUAAUUUGAUUCCAGUUGCAGCGGAGGUAUAUGGAACAGAAUGUGCUACCAGUUACUAUGCUGUGGCUGUCGUGAAGGCAGGAUCAGGUUUUUCUUCACUUUGUGAUCUCAAAGGGAAGAGAUCUUGCCACACUGGCCUUGGCAGAUCAGCUGGAUGGAACAUACCAGUAGGAAGACUGCUCGAACAAAACUGUACAACAUGGGCUGGAGCAGAAACAGAGCCCAUAGAGCAAGUGAUGGCUAGAUUUUUCUCUGCCAGCUGUGUCCCUGAGGUUCAAACAGAACAAGCAAUUCUGUGCCGUGCGUGUAAAAGGCCAGAGGAAUGUCUCUCCUCUGAUCCCCAUGCUGGCUAUGCUGGAGCUCUUAAAUGUCUGAAAGAUGACUAUGGAGAUGUGGCCUUUGUGAAAGAGAAAACUGUACUGGACCUUCCUGAAGAAGAAAGGAAGAAAUAUGAGCUGCUUUGUGAUGAUGGCACUAGAAAGCCAGUGGAUCAGUAUGUCUCAUGUAACCUUGCUAGAGUUCCUGCUCAUGCUGUGGUGGCACGAAGUGUUGAUGGUCAGAUUGACGAGAUCUGGAAACUGCUCUCUAGAUUACAGGACCGGUUUCCCAAGGGUACUUCAGGACAAUGUCAAUUUUUUGGCUCCACUCAUGGGAAAGACCUCCUAAUUAAGGACUCUGCUGAUAAACUUAUUCCUGUUCCUUCAAAACUAGAUAGUCAUCUCUACUUGGGCUCCAAAUAUUAUGCUGCUAUGCAGAAUAUCAGAAGAGGUAAUCAAGGAAUUUGCUAUAAUGGAUAA